GAAGGAAAGGACACCAUAGAGAUCUGUCCUCAGGUAACUGGUUGAACACAUGACAAGGAGAUAAAUAUGAAUUACAUGUGAGCAUGCCACCAGAUCAGUACAUGGUGUAGGUGUAAAUACCGGACCAGGUUAAACUAUAACAGCUGGCACAAAAGUCGUCAGUCAGAAGGAUUUUGAUCUGUAAAAGUGAGUGCUUGUAAACAUGGCCACCAUGGAAACAUGGUAUUAUUGAUUAUUAAUGAUAUUAAAGUGUCAUCUACUCAGCCCAUGAAAUUGUUAUUUACAGGUUCAGGUUGCAUUCUUAAGCCCAUUAUUCAUAAGUGGGGAAGUACCUUUACUGUCAAAUUCAUACUAGUGACUCCUACUGGUGGAGAAAGACAACUGCAUGGCAUGUUACAAUAUCUGCAGCAAGAGUUAACAGAAGAAUACGUUUUAUUGCCAGGAAUGUCAUGUGUCUCUAUAACAGGUCAAAAUGGGACAUAGCUAAGUGUAACUAAAUUCAGAUGAGUUUACUUUUCCUGCAGUGAACUGAAUAGUUGGGCCAUGACUGUUUACAGUUGAGCUCAAAGAUGUAGUUUACCUUUAUGUAGGGUGUAUCAAGGUUCAAAGGUCAUUCUUGGUUUCAACUGAAAGACACAGCUCCCUGCUGCAUUGGGACUCAACAGAGACUCACUUCAAUCAAACUGUUCUUUCUCACAUGUCAUCCAAAAUGCGUGAGUUAAAUACCAGUUGCUCUUUUUUAAUUGUUUGUGCAACACCAUCUGUUUGUCUGUUUGAGGAAGGAAACAGGAGUGAGAGAGAAGUACGUGACAGAUAAGAACAAAUUAUGCCCAGUGAUCUUUUAAAAAGUUAGGCUCUCUCUGACAAAUUGCAAGAAGCUCAGCUUCACACCAGCAGGCUGUUUAACACCUCUGAGAUAGAGAAGUCAACAAUGUUGUUGUAAAUCUUUCUUGUGUUAUGAUUUCAUAGCAACAGUGGUCUUCGUUUCUGUUUUUUUUUUCUUUUUCCUCCUGUUUUGUUUUUUAAAGUCAAGGUUGCUCCCGCUCACUCGUAUUGUAGCUAUGACAGUGUAUAAAAAAAUAUUUAAAAAACUACUAAAAAUAAUAUUCAAAAUAACUUUCUUUUUUUCCCCCUCAACUGAAGUGAGCUCAGUGCAGCUGAUUUCACUCAGGAACCGGCAAGGAGAGCCCAAUCAGUGAAAACAGCUGUUGUUUGACUGAACUGAAAACCUGCUGUGGGGUUCAAGAGGAGGCACGUAAGAGAGAGAGGAAGGACUCGGCUAGAAAAGAAUUCCACCCAGCGUGAUCAACAAUGAGUUCCCAUGUCAAACUUCGGAAGGAGCGGGUCGGUGUGGUGGACUACGACAUUCAAAUCAAAGAGGUUCGCUGUCAGCUUGUAGACCAACUGAAGGUAUUGGACUUGCAACUUGAGCAAAAGAGCCAACAGCUGCAAGACCUGACAGACUACCUGCGUCGACGGGGUGAGAUUGAAAGCGAGUAUGCUCGUUCCCUGGAAAAACUAGCCGAAAGGUUCACAUCAAGGAUAAAGAGGAAGGAGCCCAGUAGUAACUCGGUGUCCCAAGUAUGGCUCGCUCUGCUGUCCCAGACCCGCCAAGAAAGUAGGGACCAUAAUGGACUGAGUGAAAGCUGCAACAACUUUCUCACCCAACCUCUCACACAUUGUGUGGAGUACACACAGCGCCUUGCAAAGAAGAGUAAAGACAUCUGCAUUCAGCUACAAGAUGGGCUACUCAAGGUUACCACAGAGCUACAGGCGGCAUGGCGAACAUACUACCAGUACCACUCAGACUAUGUCUGUGCAGAGGGGAAGCUGAGGGAAGCAGAGAAGCAAGAGGAAAAGCAGAAGCAGAGCGCAAAUAAAAAACUGGAGAGGCUGAUAGAAAAGAGACAAAUUAAAGUCCAAGAAAUAAAGCUGAAGUGCAGCAAGGCCCGAAAUGAGUACCUCCUAAACCUGGCCGCAGCCAAUUCCUCCAUGAAUAAGUACUACCUGCAAGACAUCUCUACUCUCAUAGAUUGUGCAGAUACAGGUUACCACACCACUUUGGGCAGGGUGAUGCAGGCCUACUUGUCAAGACGGUGGAGGGCCCAGGAUAACCUGAGCACAGGCCUCCAGCAAAUAGAGGAGGCGGUGUCUAGACUGGACCAGAGCCGGGAUAGAGACAUCCUCCUGCAGGACAACUACAACACCUUCUCUAUGCCCCUACGCUUCCCCUAUCAGCCCCACGAUGGGGACCAGGUUACUCAGGUCAGUGCAGAGUGUGAGAUGAUAUGCGAACUGGAGACCAGAUUCAAACAGAUACAAACUCGACUGCAAGCCGUCACCCAGGAAACCGAGGAGGUUAAUAAGAGCAUGUCAGCAGCCCAGGCUUCUCUGCUGGAGGGCAUCAGCGAUGAUCUGGAGCCUUCAUCUCAGGAAGGCAGCACUGAAAAUCUGACUGUAAAGCCGAGCGUCACUCGACGACGGGCCAACCUGCAGGAAAUAGAAUAUCUCUACUUUACUAAAGUAAAGGAGUACCUUGUUGGCAGCUCUCUGGUAUCUAAACUGCAAGCCAAACAUGAUCUGCUUAAAGAAGCUGUAGAAAAAGCUGAAGUAUCAAAUGACCAUCAGCCUCGACACACUGGAAAGUCUAUGCGUGUCAGAAAGAAUCACUCGAGUGCCAAUUUGAUGCACAACCAAAAACUUUUCAAUGGAGACAUGCUGUCCUUCAUAAAGGCAUCAGGACAACAGAUUCCAAUUGUUGUGGAAAGCUGCAUUCGCUAUAUCAACCUCAAUGGACUCCACCAUGAAGGGAUAUUUAGAGUGCCGGGGUCUCAGUUGGAGGUCAAUAACCUGAGGGACGCUUUUGAGCGAGGAGAGGACCCUUUGGCUGAGGGGAGGUAUGACCUUGACUCGGUGGCUGGAGUGCUGAAGCUUUACUUCAGGGGUUUAGAAAAUCCACUCUUCCCCCUUGACAGCACCAAUCUGCUCCUGGAGCAUGCCCAAAUAAAGAAUGAGGCAGAGCGAGCAGCUGAGCUGAAAGCUGUGAUUUCUUCCUUCCCUGAGCCUGCUAUCAUCGUCAUGAGAUACCUGUUUGCAUUCCUUUAUCAUGUGUCGGAGUAUAGUGACGAGAACAUGAUGCAACCUUACAAUUUGGCCGUGUGUUUUGGCCCGAGCCUGAUAAGAGGGGCUCAUGAUGACGACGUCGUGACCCUGCAGCCUCAGAUCAAUGCCCUGGUGAAGGGCAUCAUCAUUCAGGAAGAAAGCAUUUUCCCCAGUCAGAGUGAAGUGCCGGGACCAGUUUAUGAGAAAUGCAUGACACUAGAACUGGAUGACGGAGAGACCAAUGUUGAUGGAGAUAUAGAAAGUGAGUACACCCCUACCAAAGAUGAUUUAGAAAUGGGCUUCUUGGCUGACAACAGCACAAGCAUGUCCAUGUCUGGAGUAGCAGCACCCAGAAGGGGAGAACGCCCCCGAGCCAAUAGCAGCGGGGCACUAGAACACAGAUUAACUGCUGCACCAGGAGGGGGCAGCUUUGGUUCAGGUGGAAAGUGCACACUUCAGAUUCCUGUUGGGCCGCAAUGUAAGCCAAGGAGGAUGCCCUCUCCUUGUUAUGGUCAAGAUUACCAGCGACGGUCAUCUGAGGAUAUAGCCUCUCGAGUAGAUAAGGACGUCUGUCGCCAGAUGGACUCAGUCUUUAAGGAGCUUUUGAUUCGACAAACCCAUCAGGAUCCCACCCCCACUGUGUCCUCCCCCUCAGUCCAGGCUCCCCAGAAGAAAGGAAAGCAGGAUGGGCGCAGGGGGAGAGGAACAGGGCUCUUCAAAUCAACAGAUGCAGCGGACUGAGAUGAUCAGCAAUGCCACAAGACACACAGGCCGAGGGAGAGAUGAUACUAAUGGAAGAUGAGGUGUAGCGUGAAGGCCUUUGACAGUAGCUUUCAGCACAUCUAUUUCUAGAAACCUGAGAUCCUUGACUGAGAGUCCUUUCUCUGAGGUCUCUUUGACUCAGUCCUGUCUUACAUGUGAUGUACAGCAGAUUUCCACAGGCCUGCGGUACUGUGUCAAAACUGUGAACUACUUGAAAUGCACCAAUGUGUUUGUAGGCAUUUUUGAUAUUUGCACUUCCUCUCUUAUUAUAUUAAACCGCUGCCCUGCUAGUCAAUAAUUUUUAGUCAAUACAGGCAUAUGUGCACACUCUUAAUCAAAUUUCUGUCAAAAUGAGAUGCUGGCACAAAGUCAAGAAAACUGUGAAUGUUAUAGUUGUAAACAUCAAUUCCUACUUAUCUCAAACUUUAUGAUUUAUCUGUAUAUCUGAACUACAUGCCGAAUAAAUAAUUUGUCUAGGC